AUGUCGGAUGAAGAUGAAGACUUAGCAGCAGACGCUUCACGACAAGCAUCAGCCGCCAACCAGCAAUCACGAGAUCCAGAGCUUGAGAAUAAGAGCAUUGGCCCAGAUGACAGUAAAUAUAUCGUCAAGAACAAAGACACAGGAGAAGUCUUCGAUAUCCGAGAUCUGGCCAGCAUGCCAGCGGACUCUUACUCCAUUUUCCCAAAUGACUUUGUAGCUCCACAAGAAGAAGAGGCCAAGCGAACCAAGACCAGACGACCUUCAAUUACCAAAAUCAUGUCUAAGUUUCCAAUGAAGUCCAAAGCGAAAGAGCCUAUCAAACGGAAUCAUGUCCCGGUGACAUCAUGCAAGAAAGAGAAACGCGACCUCGAAGACUUGUGCUUAGCACAGACAUUGUCGAAGCACACUGGCACGAUUUGGACGAUGAAAUUUAGUCACGACGGCGCUCGAUUGGUGUCUGGAGGACAAGACGCCAUCUUACGUGUCUGGAAAGUUCAAAUUAGUUCCGAGGAAGACGCAAAAGUGGCAAGAGAGAGCGACGAAAAACGCAUUCUCGACGCUGAACCAGAAAGGUCCUACCAGACGGUUCGUCUGUGGCACAUUUCGCGUGAAGACUGCUUGCACGUAUUUCACCACCCAGAUAGUGUCCCCGCCGUAGAUUUCCAUCCAAAGGAGGACCGAUAUUUCCUAUCCGGGUGCUUCGAUAAUAAAGCGCGUGUUUGGGACAUUCCAGACGGCUGUGUGGUGUCCUACGUUCAGACACCAGUGAUGAUCACUGCCGCCAGCUUUAACCCAAGUGGAACACGCGCCAUUGUUGGUUUGCUGAACGGCCAAUGCAUCUUUUACCAAGUCAAUUCGCACCAACAGAUGAAUUAUUAUACUCAAAUUGAGUGCCGAAACAGUCGCGGAUCGAUGAGAAAGGGAAGGAAAGUCACGGGUAUCGAGUUUGACCCAGAAGGAAAAUAUUUCCUGGUCAGCACGAACGAUUCUCGCAUGAGACUCUUCUCGGUCGACAACUAUUCGCGAAUAUGCAAGUACAAGGGUCUCGUCAAUGGACAUCUCCAAAUCAAAGGAAGAUUCAGCCAAGACGGAGACUUUGUGAUAUGUGGAUCCGAGAACGGCUACGUCUACGUUUGGAACAAAGCAAGGUACCUUCGAUCAAUGAGCAUCGUGAAGAGCAGCAAGCAAGAUCGCAAUUCCUCGUACGAAUUCUUUACAGCUGCUGAACCUCCCAACGGCAUUGUGACGGUCGCUUUGUUUGCCCCUGCUAGUACUUUCGCUAUGGUUAAGUCAAAGCUCGAAGCAAGUGACGAUGUGAACACUAACGCAUGCACGGGAUUGAUUAUCAAUAGAACACAAGGGUAUAAAAAGAUUUGGGUAUAUUUCCGAUACUGCGGAGCUACGGAGCGAAGUGACCAAUUUAAGAGCGGUGCUAAGACACGCUCCAAGGCUGCUGCCGGUAAGGCGCAAGCCAAGAGCACUAAGCCUCACGGCAAAGGCUCUGCACUCAAGCUCCACGAGCUCACAAACGCGUUCGCAUCCUUGAUGCCUGGCACUUCCACUCCGGCCCACGGCCCAACGUCUCCAGCGCGUCGCGCCGCCCCUGCCUCGUCGGUCCCAGACCCCCAACUCCGCUCCGCAACUGCUCCAAGAGCAUCUUCGUCUCUUUCGGUGGCACAGUACCACCAAGAGUAUCGCCGUCGCAACGGUCAACGCUCCAUGAGCCGUCAACAAGAAGAGAGCAAAGCUCAAAGCUCGUCAGAGCCGCGGGCGCCGCCCAGAGGGAACGAUGUUCUGUUCUCGGAACUCGAAGAGGGCGAAGUCGAUUACGACGAGCCCAUGGGUAGUGAGGAUCACUCCAACCCAACCUCUCCGAGGUCGCACACUGGUGCCGCGUCUUCCCCAGCUUCCUCUGUGAGGUCUAGCCGCUCAACGGCGCAAUCUCAAACAAGAAGAGACCUGCGGACACCGCAUCCGUUCUCUGAACGUUCGAAUCCGUUUCGCUCGCUGCGCGAUGCGCCACCGCUAUCGUCGCGGUAUGACGAGGAAGAUCGAUACGAUCACAACGUCAUUACGAAUGACCUGGACGAGGCCCAAGGCCGUCAGUUGUCCAAUGAGCAGCGCUCGCAGUCGUUCCGACCUGUGGUCCGACCACUUGUUCUAACGUCACGCCGUGACUACGGCUUCCAGCCGCGGAACCCUGCCGAAGCGGCCCGCCUCGCGGCGCAGCAGCCGCUGAACACGUACACGUGUGGGCCUGCGGCCUCGACUGCUGAUGAGCAAGUGCAACGGCACCGGCUCCGAGAGCGAUAUCUGACUCCACAAGUCACAACUCCUCAGGAGUAUCAGGCGCGCCUGCAGAUGCAGCUCAACCGCCAACCGGUUCCCUCCAUGCGAACCAUUCCGGUUGUUCUCAACCCUGGGGAAUCCCAGCGUGCUUAUGAAGCACAAUUCCGAAGCUGGGUGGAGGGAGCUCGACGGCUCCCCUCCUACAAUGCUCUUCGAGCAAGUUUCUCUGAAACUGAUAUUCGUCUUGAGAGACGUUUGCGCUUAGACUUCGCUAAGUCGAAAGCACGUCGACGAACACUGGGACCCCGUCCCCAUCACCUCGAGGCGUCACCACCUCUUGCUCAUGCUGCGAGCACCGCUCUUUCCUAUGAGCCGGCUGCUCCAGCCACUGGUCGGAGCUUGAGCUCAGCCACCGACCUGUCAUCCCCGCGUUCUAGCGGCGGGAAGCGCUCGGCGCCUGACGACGCGGUCGCCGUAGCGGCGGGGCAUGAGGAUAACCCCUCCAUUUCACAAGGUACUGAGUACGACCCUGGUGCAUGCGCCUCGCCAUCAGGCGUUCCACAUGGAAGUGGAGCUCGCCGUGCUCAUCGAGCAGAGCAGGAGGAGGCCGAGCCUCAGCUGGACUUUCGCGUCGCGAGUCGCAGCGACGUGUUCGCGCUGGAGCAGCGUGUGGGUUCUCUGAACCGGUAUCUCCAUGAUACGACUGACGCUCUGAGUCGCCUUGCAGAUGGUCUCGAUGAGACGAACCACCGCGUGGACUGGUUUGAACAACCACAGUCGGUUCAGAACCGAGUCGCGGACCUUAAGCGUCAAGUCGCUCAGCUGCAAGGUCAGAUCGACUUGCUGUUGCGUCUUGUGGCCCCGCCACCUGCUGUCGCUCAGCCCGCCGUGGUUCGGCCUCCCGCUGUUGCGCAGCCUGUCGUGGCCCAGCCACCGUUGGCGCCAACAUCUCCGCGCUCACCUGAGCAGGGUUCUGAUACGGCUUGA